AUGUCGUGCAUGGAGAAACCACACACCUUUCUUAACCAGCUCCGAGACCACCACCUCAUUCCGGAGAAAAUGCACAAGGUGAGAGCAAAUACUCAAAGGUUAAAUGUAAUCCUAUCGGUCACAAUACCGAAAAAAAAACUUGGGUAGGCCUACUUUACAUGCUUUAAAUAAGGUAAAGUUGUAAUUAACAAAUAAGUAAUAUAUUAUGCAUUAUUAAGGUGAAGUAUGAUUCAGAGAAGUUUCAUUAAAUUUCUCAAAAUGGUCACAAGACAAGGAUAAAUCUCGAAGGUGUAGACCUACUUUUACACCAGAAGUCUGUAUUCAACAGCUUAAAAAACACUUUUUUUGUUGAAAUGUUUUAAUAUUUACAUUUUUAAUAUUUUGUUUAAUGUUUAAAGGGUCUAGUUUACAUAGGCUGUGUGCCUUAAUUUUCAACACAUUUACUUUAAAGGGGUCAUCAUGAAUUUGACUGUAAUUUAUAGUCAGCUCUGUGGCAAGUAAAAUUCAGUAUUUAAUAUUAAAGUACACCUACUGUAAUAUAAAUACAGUAUCAUAGCAAGUACUGUGUAAUGACACAGUACAAUACUGUAAACAUUACUGUAUUAGGCCUAUACUGUAAAAAAAAGUAAAUGCUACCAUCAUCGAAAUGAAUGAAUGAUUGGCUGAAUGAAUUGAGGUGAGGUCCUAAACCUAGCAUAAAAGUGCAUCCUUGUAGCUGUGUGGGCUAAUAUAGUCAAACUGUUUGCCCUCAGGUAAAUUGAGCCAAAGGAAAUUGGGUAAGUUGAGCCAAUGGCAAAUUGAGCAAAUUGAAGUGUUUCCUUCCCAGGCGUAAUGCAAGGCAUUAUUGCUGGGAUAUAAGGAAACAACAGGGCCUGUCCUAUGUAAAAAGUGUUUUUAAGAAGUGUUUGUUAGGUGUUAAGCCUGUGUUAAAAGAUGCUUAAAAUUAUUAAAACACAAAAAAUUAUUGGGAUUGUGUUGAAUUGUGUUUGGGAAAUAAAGAUAAACAUGGUUUUAAAAAGGUAGUGGCAAUAUUUCAUUCAGUACAGACAUUUUUAGGCGGCUUAACUUACCCUGUCCCGCAGCUCAUCUUACCUCAUAAAUUGUGCCAAGAGACCGCUUUUUUGGGACUAAUUAUGUUAAUAAUUAUCAAAAUUGUCAUGUUUACAUGAAUUCUGAUUAUUUCCGGGGAUACACAACAUCAUGUGAAAUAUAUGUAGAUAUCUUUGUUAGAAAGAACACUAUAUUUCCCUUGACGGAGUGAUGCUGAAUGUAAAAAAUGGGUCAACUUACCCCACUCUCCUCUAAAGUGUUUACAUUUCACAGCAUAUUCAUUCAUAUUUUGUGUUUUAUAGUGAUGUUACGUUUGAUAUCGGAGCUCCGAGGCAUGCGUCAAAAUCGCUAAGCAGCUAACUUCGAAGCAGUGUGCUGAUGCGUGUAUCACUUUAUCAGAAGUAUGUAAUCAAUGACGUCCAAAGCUUCAUUUGAUCACGUGCAUUUUCAAACCGUGUGUUACAAAAUGUGAAAUCCUACUAAUUUCUCUUUGGUUCCGGUGCUUUCUUCGAUUCCAAGCUGCUUUCAAAUACUGACCUGUAUUGGACACGUACUUACAAAUAUAGUUCGAAUUUUGUACAAAAAGUUUCAUCUGAACGGUAGCUUAGCUGGUAGAGUAGAGAACAUUCCGGGACGUGAGGGUAUGAGGUAGAAUCCUGUUGAAGGCACACUAUUUAGACAAUUGUUUUAUGUGAAAGAACACUUUCUGCACUGUUCAAAUAAUUUGUUAUAUUUAGUAUAGUAUAAGCUUCUGUCUUAAGCAUCCUAAAUAAUGCCAUAGAUUCAGAUUUUGAAAAAUAGUAAACUUGAAGGCAAAAAAGGGAAGCUUGAUGUAAGAUGCAAAGCUGGUAUUCCAACUGAUUAUAGGCUACUGAAGCCAACAACUUACUGCUGCGCCACAGAGUUUUGAUGAAAACAGUGGAGAAAAACGACAUCUAUCGGAUAAUCAUUCGCUGCUAUUUAUUGCUAACCAGCAGAUGUCACUAAUGUGCAUUGUGAACAGAUAAUGAAGCUCAGUUUUUUGGCACAUUUUGGUGAAAGCGCUGAAGCCUUCAUUAAGCAUCGGUUUCCCAUCACUAGAGUUUUAUAUCACUUGCACUUCUAGAGACCUUAAGAAAGGCUUCCAAAUUAGCAGCAACUACAGGGAAAAACACACCAAAAGGAAAUGGCAAAUGCCUUUUGCUCAACCAUUUAAGGUUUAAGAUUAGCUGCCACUCCAAUCUGUCCCCUAUACAUUUUUAAUUGAUGGGGCACUAUAACCACAUACAAGUUAAAUUGGUAAAGCAUUCUCAAUCACGGGUGCAACAAAUAUAGCCUCUUACAAGGCACGCCUCAAAAUAUGUUAACGUUACAGAAACAACAAUACCAUGGACCCACUAUUGGUCAAAAGAUUUUCUGUGGGGUGGAAUUACAUCACCAUUAAAUAUACAGCAAUUCUACUAAAAUGCACCAUUUAUAGUAUGCUGCAGUAAAAUGUAAAAAGUUUUUUUUUUUACUGUUGAUAAUACCUCAAAUUACCGUAUAAAUUACAGUUUUGUUUUAUGUGAAAGAACACUUUCUGCACUGUUCAAAUAAUUUGUUAUAUUUAGUAUAGUAUAAGCUUCUAUCUUAAGCAUCCUAAAUAAUGCCAUAGAUUCAGAUUUUGAAAAACAGUAAACUUGAAGGCAAAAAAGGGAAGCUUGAUGUAAGAUGCAAAGCUGGUAUUCCAACUGAUUAUAGGCUACUGAAGCCAACAACUUACUGCUGCGCCACAGAGUUUUGAUGAAAACAGUGGAGAAAAACAACAUCUAUCUGAUAAUCAUUCGCUGCUAUUUAUUGCUAACCAGCAGAUGUAACUAAUGUGCAUUGUGAACAGAUAAUGAAGCUCAGUUUUUUGGCACAUUUUGGUGAAAGUGCUGAAGCCUUCAUUAAGCAUCGGUUUCCCAUCACUAGAGUUUUAUAUCAGUUGCACUUCUAGAGACCUUAAGAAAGGCUUCCAAAUUAGCAGCAACUACAGGGAAAAACACACCAAAAGGACAUGGCAAAUGCCUUUUGCUCAACCAUUUAAGGUUUAAGAUUAGCUGCCACUCCAAUCUGUCCCCUAUACAUUUUUAAUUGAUGGGGCACUAUAACCACAUACAAGUUAAAUUGGUAAAGCAUUCUCAAUCACGGGUGCAACAAAUAUAGCCUCUUACAAGGCAUGCCUCAAAAUAUGUUAACGUUACAGAAACAACAAUACCAUGGACCCACUAUUGGUCAAAAUAUUUUCUGUGGGGUGGAAUUACAGCACCAUUAAAUAUACAGCAAUUCUACUAAAAUGCACCAUUUAUAGUAUGCUGCAGUAAAAUGUAAAAGUUUUUUUUUUACUGUUGAUAAUACCUCAAAUUACCGUAUAAAUUACAGUUUUCCAUUACAGUGUUGAAUCCAUGAUGCUCGUUGUGUUGGGUUAUGGAUAUACUUGAUCAUCAAGAUUAUCUUACAGAUGAUUUUACCAUUAUCCAUUAGCCUUUACAUAUGUUUAAAUCAGUGAUUUUGACUGUAAAAUGUUGGCCAUGUAUAGACCCAUAUACUGAAUUAAUGUAAUAACUGAUCAAAAAUGUAAUGUCAAUAGGUUUGUUUAGGUUUGUAGACCUUUUGUGAGUUUUGCUGAAUAGUCACAAGGGCACCUGGAUUAUCAGAGUAGUGGGACAUAGCCACAGGUGUAAACCUGGUUCGUAUGGGUAUUUGUGCUGAGAUAUGCAGGUGUAGAUCCGGUUUAUAUUAGUAUUGGGACUCGUAAAAAGUGUAGACCCAGUUUGUAGGAGUACUGGCGCUGAGGUGCAGGGCUGUAGCCAGGGUCUGAGUUUUAGACAUUUUAAGAAAGUUGAAGCUCAUUUACUGCAUUUCUAUACAAUUUAAAAACUCUAAAAUGCUAUUUGGAGAACAGCAAAAACAAGCAAAAAAAAACAACAACCAUUAUCACAUUGGUUGCUGUAGCUUCAGUCACCUCAGUCGAUCUACAAACACAUAGCCUAUUGGCUAUACAAUUAGCCGCUACACAUUAACUCACAUUAACUCAGCACCAGGAUUAAAACUAUAAUUGAAUAUGUACAGAGGGAUCUGUUAGCAGAAAAAUUAUUUUAUUCUCAAAAGGUAAAUACGUUUGCUUAACAUAACUUUGUUGUUGUUGCAGUUUUACAGCUAAUUUCCUGCAAUUCUACACAUUUUGCCAUGUGGUGGGGAGAAGUUUUUGCAGUUUUAAAAGCAAAUUAAGUGACAUUGGCUAAUUGAGUGACUGUCAGCGAGUGACAUAACGAGGAAAACUGCUGAUGCACAACCAAGUUUCGAAAUUGCAACUUGUGUAUUCACAGAGAAAAUCACAGAGGUCCGGACCUCGGUGUCCUUAUAUGUAGCUACGGCCUUGCUGUGCAGGGGUAGACCUGGUUUACAGUUUGAGUAAUCAGGCUUUGGCACAUUUAGACCUGGCUUAGUUGACUAAUUGGGAUCAAGCACAGGUGCAGACUUUGUAGGUAUGUAAAUUGGAGCUGAAGUACAGGUGUAGACCUGGUUUGUAUUAAUAUUGGGGCUGAAAUGCAGAAGUAUACCUAUUUUUAUGGCAAUUGGGUCUGACAUGUAACAUUAUUGACAAAAAUCUGUAUUGGGUUAGAUGUGCAGGUGUACACCUGGUCUGUAAGAAUAUCGGGGCUGAAGUACAAGUGUUGACCUGGUUUGUAUGAGUGUUUAGGCUUGGGCACUGGGGUAGACCUGUUUUAUAUGCAUAUGCCCAUGGACUUACCUGGUUUAUAUGUUUAAUGGGGUGUAGGGAUACACAAGGCUCAUACAGGUAAUUGGUCUAUUGCCCAUUCAAAUCCUUUCUGGCAACAAGUUUGUGGUAGGAAAAAAAGUGAAUGGGGCUAGAGCACAUGUGUUAUACCACUGUACUAUGGGUUUAUCUAUGAAAUGAUAAGCGUAUACAGGUCAAAGGUCAUAGGACUAACAUAUGCAAAUAACAGGUUUGGGGUGUGCAGCGAAUAGCUUGAUAUACAGGUAACUGAAAAAAUAAAGGAAACACUUAAAACGAGAGUUCUGGUGGCUCUGUUAUGGUGUGGGGUGCAUUUUCCUGGCACGGUUUAGAUUUACUCAAUACCUUAGAGGGCAAGGUAAACACCAAGAAAUACACAGCCAUUCUGAGUGAUCACCUUCAAUCUAUGAUGAAUAAUUUAUAUCCUGAUGGGAGUGGUCUCUUCCAGGAUGACAAUGACACAAUCCACAGGGCACGAGUGAUCACUGAAUGGUUUGAUGAGCACGAAAAUGAUGUUUACCAUAUGCCAUGGCCGUCUCAGUCACCAGAUCUCAACCAAGUUUAACACUUUAACACAGAUUCUGGAACGGUGCCUGAGACUGCGUUUUCCACCAGCAUCAACAAAACACCAAAUGAUGGAAUUUCUCGUGGAAGAAUGGUGUCGCAUCCCUCCAAUAGAUAGCCAUACACUUGUAAAAUCUAUGCCAAGGCACACUGAAGCUGUUCUGACGACUUGUGGCGGCCCAACGCCCUAUUAAGACACAUUAUAUUGUUGUUUCCUUUAUUUUGGCAGUUACCUUCAGGUUACUGUUGGUGACUUGGGGAAUACAGGCCUAGGUAAAGUGGGUAACAGGGCUGAGAUAGGCAAGUAACAGGGAUGUGUAUUGGCAAAGGAACUGGGGUCUAUGAUUAGCAAAUAGGGCAUUUAGGGCUAAGAUAUGGGUGCAUCGGUACUUGAUUGUAUCAAUAUUAGGGUAUUAGUAUGUGGGUGUUAGGGUUAGGGCAUGGGUUAACAGGGCUGGAGUACAAUGCCAAGCGUCCCGUCUGGAGGAUUCCUGGCACCGUCCCUACAGUGAAGCAUGGUGGUGGCAGCAUCAUGCUGUGAGGAUGUUUUUCAGCGGCAGGGACUGUGAGACUAGUCAGGAUCAAGGAAAAGAUGAACGGAGCAAAGUACAGAGAGAUCCUUGAUGAAAACCUGCUCCAGAGCUCAGACUGGGGCGAAGGUUCACCUUUCAACAGGACAACGACCCUAAGCAAACAGCCAAAACAACGCAGGAGUGGCUUCGGGACAAGUUUCUGAAUGUCCUUGAGUGGCCCAGCCAGAGCCCGGACUUGAUCCCGAUCUAACGUCUCUGAAGAGACCUGAAAAUAGCUGACAGAUCUUGAGAGGAUCUGCAGAGAAGAAUGGGAGAAACUCCCCAAAUACAGGUGUGGCAAGCUUGUAGCGUCAUACCCAAGAAGACUCAAGGCUGUCUGAACCGGACCAAAUCUGAACCAAUCAUAGACAUCUAUGUUUCACAAGUUUGGACAGCACAGUACAGUACAGCACAGCAUAGCAGAGUACAGUACAUUACAGUACAGCACAGUAAAGAAAAGUUGACUAUAGUACAGUACAGUAGAGUACAGUACAAUACAGUAGAGCACAGUACAGUAAAUAAAAGUAAGUAUAGUUCAGUACAUUAGAGUACAGCACAGUAGAGUAUAGUUCAGUAUAAUGUACUGUAUUGUUUAAUACUUUCCUCUAAUGUACUCUACUGUACUGUACUCUACUGAAUUAACUCUACUGUACUCUACUGAUUUAAAUUCUACUGUACACCUUACUGUACUGUACUGUGGUACUUUACUCAACCGAAUAAAACCCUGAUUUAACCCUGUAAUAAAACAAAUUGUAGUCUACAGAAGUUAAUUGGUAAAAUUCUUCCUCCUAUUUUGCAAGUAAAGGUGCCUGGACAAACCUUUUGGGUUACCACACCAGCGGAACCUUUCCGGUUGAAAAAGGUUCCUCGAGUCUGAAAAGGGUCCUCGAGGUUCUUCGAGGAACCUCUGUGUAAAGGUCAAUGAUGUAAAUAAACCCUGGACAGUGGGUGCUGCAUUGAAGCCACCGCGCAGCCAUCUUGGUACUCCUCCGUUGUAAAAAAUAUUUGCAUUUAUUCAUGUCUACAUUAAUUUUUGACAAGUUUAUUGUAUGACAGACACCUUAAUGCAUACUUUUAAAUUAUAUUAUGUGAGCUAAACAUAAAAUAAAUAAUUAAAAUAUAAAAACACAAACUAUAUUGUACUAAUGUUACUGUCCCCACUACAACAACAGAAAAUACUUAAAUACAUGUCAUUUUGUCCUUGAAACAUUGAAUUGAAAUACUGUAUUACUGUAUAAUAAUUAGAUUCAUUCCUCUGGAGGACUGCUGUAAAUCUCUCUCGGACCAGGUGACUUUUAUCAACAUAUUCGGCUCUAUUUAUGCUCAGAUUCGAAAAUGCUAAUUAGCAUCAAAGUAGACAUCAUGCAAGACUACAAAUCACUGCAAGCUCCUGCACGUCAUCUCUAGCUGACACCUUUGCUAACUGGUAUUGUGUCAAUUUAAAACUUGCACAAAACAUUUCACAGAAUUGUCCAUUUAAAGAAAUGUAGCUAAUUUAUUCAUUACUACAUUUAGCUAACAUUAGAUAGUUGAUCCAGAGAUUCUUACCUUUGCCUCGAUUCGGCAGUCUCGUCCAGAUCAUCAUGGCAUUUGUACUUCUUUAUGAUAACGACAUUAGCAUAUAAUUAGCAUUUCAUUUUUGGAGGGUAAAUACAGGUGAAUAUAUUGAUAAAAGUCACCUUGUCCUAGAGAGAUUUAUACGGUUAUCAAAACGUCACUCCAGGGUAAGCCUACAUGAAACACAGCCCUUAUUUUAAGUGUUUCAAAAAAAGAAAGAUGGGAAAAAUGAACGAUUGUAACCAUUUCCCUGUUUGACCGCUAGAGGUUCCUUGAGGAUCUCCAGGGUUCAUCGGGUCAACACUAAUUCUAAGAGUGUACUGUGUACACUAAGACCAGUCACUGUCCUAUUACUAGCUGGGUACAAAUAACAGGUUAUGGAAUGUUAUUGUAAGAGUGAAAAUUGGAGUUGAUGAUCAUUAAUUAGUACUGCCUGACGUGUGUCCAUAAAUUCCUGUCUGUCACAUGAACUGAUUGGGAUGGUAGUUGCUUCUAGAGAAUCAAGUCUAUCACUCCAGCCACAAUUUGACAACCCCCACAAAUUGGACCAUGGUUUUAUAUUUGACCUCUCCUGCAGAAUCUGAUUCGGAUGAAGAGUAAGGAGCUGAGGGAGAAGGGUGUGUACCAGGUGUUGGACUGGGUGGAGGCAGAGAGGCCCGACAGCAUCAAGUUGUUCUGGAACUGUGUGUUCAGGGACCACCUCCUGCAGAAAUACCCCACGUUACGCCUGCUACAAAACCGCCUGCUGAACGGUCAGUUCUGGAGCAUUCACUCUUAUUAUUGUAUUAUAAUGGCAUUCGUUUGUAUAAGUUAAUAUCGGUAUAUAAUUCUAACUCCUAGUGUAAUAUAAAUGUAGUCACAAUGGUGGAUACUUUGAAGUUGAGGUACAAAGCCCUGUCGAAUUUGUAUUUAUUAUAAUUCUUUAUUAGGUGUACAUGAAUUAGGUUGCGUGGUUUGCUCAAUUUAGCCUCCAAUCCCUUGUAGGAUCGUUUACAUUCUAUGAGAAACUGCCAGAGAAGGUGGAGAAGGAAGAGGUGGAGGAUAAGAAGAAGAAGGCUUCAGUGGAAGGAGAAGAGGAGGAGGAGGAGGAGGAGGAGGAGAAGAAGAAGACAGGAAGGAGAAAGAGGAAACAGAAAAAGAGAAGUGGGAGUAUGGAGGAGGAGCAGCCCAGCACGUCCACCCAGUCCACCCCCAGUCAGAAGAGGAAAGUCCAGAGGCCCAAAUAC